CCCGGCGGCGCUGUCCGCGGUCUCCAAGUCUGCGGGGCUGCGGUGGGCGCCGAGAGCCAGGCGCCACAGCCCGCGGAGCCCCGCUCGCCCCAGGGUCUAUGGAGUGGCCCCUCUGCGCCGCCUGGCCGGCCUCACGCCGCGCCUGGAGUCUGCCCCGCGGCCAGGAGACGCGGGUCCCUGAGCCUGCCUGAAGCAGCCCCGCGAGAUGGCGGCCCCCUAUCCCGGCAGUGGCGGCGGAAGCGAGGUCAAGUGCGGGGGAGGCCGUGGCGCCAGCGUCCCGUGGGACUUUCUGCCUGGGCUGAUGGUCAAGGCCCCGCCUGGACCCUGCCUGCAGGCGCAGCGCAAGGAGAAGUCCCGUAAUGCGGCGCGCUCGCGGCGCGGGAAGGAAAACCUAGAGUUCUUCGAGCUGGCCAAGCUACUCCCGCUGCCCGGCGCCAUCUCCAGCCAGCUGGACAAGGCCUCCAUCGUGCGUCUCAGCGUCACCUACCUCCGCCUGCGACGCUUCGCAGCGCUGGGGGCGCCGCCCUGGGGCCUGCGGGCGGUGGGACCACCGGCCGGCCUCGCCUCAGGCCGCCGGGGCCCCGCGGCGCUGGUCUCCGAGGUCUUCGAGCAGCACCUGGGAGGACACAUCUUGCAGUCCCUAGACGGCUUUGUGUUCGCCUUGAACCAGGAAGGAAAAUUCCUCUACAUCUCAGAAACAGUUUCCAUCUACCUGGGCCUCUCACAGGUGGAGCUGACUGGCAGCAGCGUCUUCGACUACAUCCACCCCGGGGACCACUCGGAGGUUCUGGAACAACUGGGGCUGCGGACCCCGACCCCCGGGCCCCCCACCCCGCCCUCCGUCUCGUCCUCUUCCUCCUCUUCCUCCUCCUCGCUGGCGGAUGCCCCAGAGAUCGAGACCAGCCCUGCCGAGGGGCCCGCCUCCUCCCGGGUGCAGGAGCGCUCCUUCUUCAUCCGCAUGAAAUCCACCCUCACCAAGCGGGGGCUGCACGUCAAGGCCUCGGGGUACAAGCAGGUCAUCCACGUGACAGGGCGCCUGCGGGCCCGCGCGUUGGGCCUGGUGGCUCUGGGUCACACCUUGCCCCCAGCCCCACUGGCUGAGCUGCCUCUGCAUGGACACAUGAUCGUCUUCCGCCUCAGCCUGGGUCUCACCAUCCUUGCUUGUGAGAGCAGAGUCAGCGACCAUAUGGACCUGGGGCCCUCAGAGCUUGUGGGCCGCAGCUGCUACCAGUUCGUCCAUGGACAGGAUGCAACCAGGAUCCGCCAAAGCCACCUGGACCUGCUGGACAAGGGCCAGGUGAUGACCGGUUACUACCGUUGGCUGCAGCGUGCUGGGGGCUUCGUGUGGCUGCAGUCUGUGGCCACCGUGGCUGGCAGCGGGAAGAGCCCUGGGGAGCAUCACGUGCUCUGGGUCAGCCAUGUGCUCAGCCAAGCGGAGUGUGGCCAAACACCUCUGGAUGCCUUCCAGCUUCCAGCCAGUGUGCCCUGUGAGGACACAUCCAGCCCAGGGCCAGAGCACACAGAGCGGGAGCCCCCGGUGGAGAGGAAGCAGGUCGUCCCCGCCGACAAGGACGAGGCCCCGCAGACGCACGGCAAACGCAUCAAGGUGGAACCGGCUCCCAGGGAAAGGCAAGGCCUCGAGGACAGUGGGGACGAGGAGCCCUCCAAACGGCCCGCCCCGCCGCGACGGGAGUUCACGUCUGUCAUCCGGGCCGGGGCGCUGAAGCAGGAUCCGGUGCGGCCGUGGGGCCUGGCGCCGCCCGGGGACCCCCCACCCGCCCUGCUCCACGCAGGCUUCCUGCCGCCCGUGGUGCGGAGCCUGUGCACGCCCGGCGCCAUCCGCUACGGCCCCGCCGAGCUGGGCCUCGUGUACCCGCACCUGCCGCGGCUGGGUCCCGGCCCCGCGCUCCCCGAGGCCUUCUAUCCCAGCCUGGGCCUGCCCUACCCCGGGCCUCCGGGCACCAGGGUGUCGCGGAAGGGGGACUGAGGACCGCGGGGCAGUGGACCUGGGGAGGGCGUGGCGGGGCCAAGCUGUCAGCCCUCUUGAGAAUUAAACGCCCGCGGGAGGGGCUGGGCACCGGCUCCAACUCCA